AUGACUUCUAUAAACACACAUGUCAAAAGGAACAAAGAUGAUGGAGUUCCAAUAGUAGAGAAUAUAAGAUCUUUUCAAACUAAUGAAAAUCCUUCGUUGGUGAAACUUCUAUUCCAGUUUGGUCGAUAUUUGCUUAUUUCUAGUUCACGUUCUGAAACUCAAGUGGCUAAACUUCAGGGGGUAUGGAACGAGGAUCUUGAGCCUUUGUUUGACUUUAUCAAAUCCCUAUCAGUGAAUGAAAAUAAAGUUGCACGAGUAAACUAUAAAAUAAGUGGUUGGGUGGUGCAUCAUAAGUCUGACAUAUGGGCAAAGCCAUUAGCAGAUAAGGAAGAGGUUGUGUGGGGAAUAUGGCCAAUGGGCCUUGAGGUCGAUUCACAAAGUUAUGCUGGUGCUUCUUUUAUACAGGCUGCUGGACAUGGUCAACAAAAUGCUUUGAAAGUGUUGCUGGAGUGCCAUGCAAAUCCUAAUUCUGAAAUAAAAGAUGGCGUAUCUCUAUUAUUAUCAUCUAUAACAGCUAGUUCAUUGACAUGCCUAGAGUUGUUGGUCCAGGUUGGUGCUGAUGUGAACUUUACUACCGAUAGAGCAACUCCACUACACAUUGAUAUUGAUAUUGGGAAGUCAAUGAGUAAUUGGAGAAGCAAUUCCUAA